ACGUUUGUAUCAUUCGUCUCUUGCAAAAGCGACGUCACUUUGGAAUAUUGUGAGCCGAUCAACAGUUGCAGCAGACGAAGUUGAAAGCAUUUUCCACCUUAAACUGAUAGCCCCUUGUGCGACCAGGUGGAACUCUUUUCAUGACAGCAUUAGCCGUAUUUUAGAAGUUAAGCAUCAUUUAAAAACUAUAUGUAUUACUUUAAAGAAGCCUUGUUUCACAGCCACAGAAAUAGAAUUUUUGCAGGAAAUGAAUUCUGUUACCGAUAUUUUUGUAAAAGCAAUUGAUCUUUUGCAGGGUGAAAAUCGUUGCUACCUGGGAUAUUUAUUACCUACGUUACUUGGAAUUACACACAAAUUGGAACAGUUAACUAACUUAGAAUUUGGCGACCCUCUAUCAGAUGCGCUUAAAUCUGGCGUUUACAAGCGGUUUCCUUUCAUUAUUAACUUGACCUCCGAUGAGGCCAAACCUUUUGUUUUGUCGACCAUUACAAUUCCAAAAUUUAAAUUAAAAUGGAUUCCAAUUUUGGAGAAAAAAAAUUUGAAAACAUUUAAGGAGUGGCUAGUUGAAGAAACAAAAGAAGGCGAAGAACAAUUUGUAAAAGAUAGUGUUUUGACCAACGAUUCAGAAGAGUUUUACACUUCAACUUCAGCUCUAAAGUCAAGGGAGGAAAAAGAUUUUGAAAAUUGUAAAUUUGAACUCGAUGUUUUAGCAUAUUUCAAUGACACAGAUAAAAACUUGACAUCAUUACAAAACUACAAAAGAAUCCUACAUGUUUUUUUAAAGUUUAAUUCUGUUCUCCCGAGCUCAGCUCCGGUUGAACGCUUAUUUAGCUGUGGUGGUCAAGUUCUUACCCCGAAAAGAAACCGGCUGGGGGACGAAAUAUUUGAAACGCUUGUUAUGUUAAAAAAACACGAGUAUUAAUAAAUCCAAGAAAAGAAACCAAUGUGUCUAAGAAAAGGAAACCAAUGUUACUUAUGUUUAUAAAUCUCAGUAUUUAAGAAAAGGAAACCAAUGUUACUUAUGUUUAUAAAUCUCAGUAUCUCAGAAAAAGAAACCAAUGUGACGAUCUCAAAAAAAGAAACCAAUGUGACUUAUGUUUAUAAAUCUUUGUAUCUCAGAAAAAGAAACCAAUGAUAUAUAUGUUUAUAGAUCUGACGAUCUCAAAAAAAGAAACCAAUGUGACUUAUGUUUAUAUCUUUGUAUCUCAGAAAAAGAAACUGAUAAUAUAAAUUUCAAA